UCGUUCCUUCUCUUCCUCGUCGCCUGUUGUUUCUCCAUCUGCCAAUCAACCUUUGUCGACAAGAAGAAGAGGAAGAAGAAUGUACGACUGCAACCAGCGGUUCCAUCGACGACCGCGACCACGAUAGACGACCACCCAUUUCCAUGCUAUGAUAUGGCGAAUCUGCACGACAACCGCGGACCCGCCGUUCUUGCCGUUACUGCCACCACUCUGGUCUUUUGCUCUGCUUUUGUCUUGUUCCGCCUGAUUUCAAGAUGGGGCAUCGUCAAAAAACGAGCAUGGGACGACUGGACCAUCAUCCUGGCAUGGAUCCUCGCCUUUGGCACUUCGUUUGCCAUCUGCUUCGGUACUACCCACGGCUUGGGUAGACACCAAGCAAGCAUUCCGAAUGACAUCGAAGCCGAAAUGAAGAAAGCCUCGUACGCCUUUUCCGUCCUCUACAACCCCGCCCUCAUGGCCACCAAGACAUCCAUCCUCAUCUUCUAUUUGUCUCUUUCCAAAACACAAAAGAUCUUCCGAUGGGCCACCAUUGCUACUCUGGUCGUCGUCAACGUAGGCGGUUUGGCCUUGACUCUUCUCAAUAUCUUUCAAUGCGCCCCCGUUGCAGCCGCGUUGCAAACACCAGUGCCCAGUUCUGCUUCCUGCACUGAUAUCGUUACCAUCUAUCUUUCGUCCGCCCCGCUCAACAUCAUCACCGACCUGGCCAUCUUUUUCCUGCCCAUGCCCAUCCUGACCGGCAUGAGGCUACCUACCACCCAGAAGGCCAUCCUGAUUGUUACUUUCGGUUUCGGUGUCUUCGUCUGCAUGGUUGACAUCGUUCGAAUCUACUAUCUGCAGGACGCUCAACGCGAAAACUUACGUGCCACUCACAACAACAUGCCCGAUAGUGGCACCGAAACACGAAACACCACUGACUUCUCGUGGUACGCUUCUUUGUCCUUCAUGUGGAGUGCAGUGGAAAUCAACGUAGGCAUCAUGGUUGCUUGCGUCCCAGGACUGAAACCUAUAGUAAAACGCUUCCUCCCUCAGUGGAUCAUUGAUCAUACCGUACACGAUAGAAGCACAAGCAGGACCAGCGACAGCAUGGUCCUCGGACCAAAUAGAAACUCCAUUCCAUUGCAAUCUCCGCCUACUUCACCGCUGUCGCCUCCUUAUUCGCCCCUCUCGAAGCCACCAGCUGCUGCUCUCCGAGGCCAGGAUGAGACCCCAGGCGCGGUAGAUUUCAUCACGACUCCGGAUGAUCAAAUGCCGCCUCUCAAUCGUUACAGUACUGUAGCAACGUGUGCAACCACUCGCACCCGUCGCAAUUCGGCUGCUUUCUUCGACUUCGUCAACAUGGAGAAGCGAAAAAACAUCACAUUGAGAAGUACUAGGGAGGCGAUUUUUCCCAUCAUAAUGGUCACUAUCCUGUUCUUCAUAUGGGGGUUUGCAUAUGGUCUAUUGGACACGCUCAACAACAGGUUCCAGGAAGUGGCGCAUAUGACAGAUGGCCAAACGAUCGGCCAGCAUAGUGCUUAUUACGCCGGUUAUAUAGUAGCCCCGCUGCUCUUUGGAAGAAUAGUGUUCAAAACUUGGGGCUUCAAAGCCUGUUAUAUGGUCGGCCUUACCAUUUACGCGUGUGGAACAUUGAUCUUCUGGCCCUCGGCUGUGCUCUCCUCCUUCCCCGCCUUCCUCAUCUCCAACUUCAUAGUUGGUAUGGGACUGUCGAUGCUCGAACUUGGAGCAAACCCCUUUAUCAUACUCUGUGGACCACCCGAAUUCGCCGAAGCGCGGAUCAACUUCUCACAGGGUAUACAAGCCAUUGGGACAGUCGUUUCGCCGUUGCUUGCCAAGAAAGUCCUGUUCAAAGCUUCCCCCAACAACCUCAUCGAUGUACAAUGGGCGUACCUUGGUAUCGCCUUCUUCACCGUUCUUCUCGCUGUUGUCUACUACUACGUUCCAUUGCCUGAAGCUACAGACGAGGAACUGGAGGCUGCCUCCGCCCGCAUGCCCAUGCCGCGUGGCAGUACAGUCGGUUCGUCCCAAAUCAAAGUGAUGGGAGUAUCCCUCGGACUCGGUGCCGUCAGCGUUUUCUGUUACGUGGGCGGCCAGGAAACCGUAUCGACUUCUUUUGCAGAAUUUGUCGCUCGCGUCGAGCCGGGUCUUGACGUUGUAUCUCACCAGGCUGUUGCGCACACAGCCUUUGCUGCAUCUCGCUUUGUGGCUGCCUUCGUAGACAUAUGGCUGCGACCGCGCUUCACCCUUCUCUUCUUUUACGCUGGUGCACUUGCUUUCGCUGUGGCCGCCAUGUCGGUGUCUGAUUACGGUGCAGCCCCUGCUGUUGUUAUCAUCAUGCUCAACUUCUUCGAGGGGCCUCUAUUCCCCCUGAUAUAUGCUCAAGCUCUUCGGGGAGUUGGAGGGCGUACAAAAGAUGCCGCCGUCUUACUUACCGCAGCUAUUGGAGGCGGCGCUAUCUUCCCACCCAUAGCGCAUGGAGUCAGACAAGUUCGCAGUUUACAUUAUGCGUACUGUGUUGUGGUAGCUGCUUUCGCUGUCGGUCUCCUCAUGCCUCUUUGGCUCAAUGCGCAUCCUACCGCAAGCAAGAUUGCAGAUCCUGCCCGGGACGAGCAGACGAGGCGAGAGCUUCAGGCAGAACGUGAGCGGCGCGAGAGCAUGGGUAUCAGUGAAAAAAGUAGCAGGCGGUGGAGCAGGAUGAGAAGAAAGUGGAGCAAAGAGAAGUCCGACUUGCCUUCUGUGGAGCAUCGCGAGCGUCGUAGCUGGCCAGAUGGUCAAACGGAGCGUCCGGAGCUUGAGCUUGCACCACUACCACGGCAUGAGAAUGCUCCAUCGCGAGUCGAGUCGAUAGUCGACGUCAGCCCCAGAGGUUCUCUUGCCAGUUCACUCUCCUCUCAGCAUACUCGUUGA